GAAGAAAAGAGGACUGGUCUUCAUGUGUUUGGAUUUUGAGUUUACUUGCAACGACAUCUCGACAAAGAAUACAUAUCCUUUUGACAAUUCCAAGGUUGGAUAUUUUCCUAUAUUAAAGAUUCCGAUGAAACAUUGAAAACUUAACAACAUCCCAAAUUUUGAUUUUGGUUGAAGCAUAGAUUCUUACUUUACUAAUCUUUCAGAUCAGCUACUUCAACUUCAGGAAUCUCCCAACUCAUAAUUGGGCUAAGCAGAUGUUAGUCCUUUUCUGAUUCUGAAAAGGAUUGUGAGCUUGUGACUAAGAUGGGGACGCCUAUGAAACGCAGCUCAAACUCGAGAAGACGGAAUGAAAAGAUGAGGCUUUUUGUGACUACUUUUAUUGGAGUUGUAUUCGGGUUUUUCCUAGGUGUAACUUUUCCUACAAUUUCAUUGUCCAAGCUGCCCUUACCUACGAAUCUUAUCCCAUCAAUUGAUCUACCUGACAUGGAAAAGUCGGGCCUCUCAACUCAAGCUCUAUUAAAUGUUUUGAAUUCCUUGAAGGAUCGUGUUGGCAGUUCACACAAGAAUAAGGCCGCGAAGAUUUGGGUUCCAUCAAAUCCCAGAGGCGCCGAGAGGCUACCCCCGGGUAUUGUAGCAUCUGAGUCUGAUCUUUAUACUCGAAGGCUGUGGGGACUGCCAAGUGAGGACUUGAUCAUCAAGCCAAGGUACCUUGUGACCUUCACAGUUGGCCUCAAGCAGAAGAGUAACAUUGAUGCAGCAGUGAAAAAGUUCUCAGAGAACUUUACCAUUAUGCUGUUUCACUAUGAUGGCCGAACAACUGAAUGGGAUGACCUUGAGUGGUCAGCACGGGCUAUCCAUGUCAGUACACCGAAACAGACUAAAUGGUGGUAUGCAAAACGUUUUCUACAUCCUGACAUUGUAGCACCAUAUGACUAUAUAUUCAUCUGGGAUGAAGACUUGGGGCUUGAAAAUUUUAACGCGGAGGAAUAUAUAAAGUUGGUGACGAAACAUGGUUUGGAUAUUUCACAGCCUGGUUUAGAACCAAACAGUGGGUUGACAUGGCAGAUGACAAAAGGGAGAAAUGACACUGAAGUUCACAAGGAAACAGAGGAAAGGCCAGGCUGGUGCGCCGAUCCACAUUUGCCACCUUGUGCAGCAUUUGUUGAGAUCAUGGCACCGGUUUUCUCUCGAGAGGCGUGGCGGUGUGUUUGGCAUAUGAUCCAGAAUGACUUGGUCCAUGGAUGGGGUCUUGAUUUUGCGCUUAGGAGAUGUGUGGAGCCCGCUCAUGAAAAGAUAGGAGUUGUAGAUGCACAGUGGAUUGUACAUCAAACUGUUCCAUCUCUUGGAAGCCAGGGUAAAUCGGAGAAUGGCAAGGCACCAUGGGAAGGGGUAAGAGAAAGGUGUCGAAGAGAAUGGACAAUGUUUCAGGAUCGCAUGGCUACUGCAGAAAUGGCCUAUUACAAGGCAAUGGGAAUGGAUCCCCCUAAUUCCACAACUAAUUAGGUGACUCACUAGUCUAGAAUGCUUGUAGAAUUUCAGAUUUUCUUUGUGUGCAAAUAUCUGGUACUAAUUUAGAGUUCCCAAGUGUGAGUGGAACAAAAUAUAUGUAUUCAUUCUCCCUAUACUAAUAUAUAAUUCAUCUUUUGUUUUGUGUCAA